GGAGAAUUUGAGCUGUUGCCAAGGAGAUCCGGAGCGGUGGCUUGGGCAUCCCGCUCGCAGCCAAUCACAGAAGGCGGCCCGAGAGGCGCGGAACCCGGAGGACUACAUUUCCCAGAAGCCUAUCGGGCCCCGCGUUGUUUUUCUGCUCUCUGCUCUGGACCUCCUGAACCCGGGACUGCUAGGACGGCGACGGGGGUCGCUGGGCACGCCCGGUCCAGCCGCAGGAGGGACACGGUUCCCUCCUCGCCACGCGUCGAUUGAGGAAGGGCGGUGCUAGCAGGGUGGCAGCCAGCUGCGACUCAGGGCUCCGACCAGAAGGGGUGCAUUGUCGUCCUGUGUUCCAGCUGAAUGUCGGUCCCAGAGGACGAGGAGAGGCUUUUGCCGCUCGCCCAGAGAUGGCCCCGUGCGAGCAAGUUCCUACUGUCCGGCUGCGCGGCCACCGUGGCCGAGUUAGCAACCUUUCCUCUCGAUCUCACAAAAACUCGACUCCAGAUGCAAGGAGAAGCUGCCCUUGCUCGUUUGGGAGACAGUGCAAGAGAAUCUGCUCCCUAUAGGGGCAUGGUGCGCACAGCCUUAGGGAUUGUCCAAGAGGAAGGCUUUCUAAAGCUUUGGCAAGGAGUGACACCCGCCAUUUACAGGCACGUAGUAUAUUCUGGAGGUCGCAUGGUGACAUAUGAACAUCUCCGUGAAGUUGUGUUUGGCAAAAGUGAAGAUAAACAUUAUCCUCUUUGGAAAUCGGUGAUAGGUGGGAUGAUGGCUGGUGUUGUUGGCCAAUUUUUAGCUAAUCCAACAGAUCUAGUGAAGGUACAGAUGCAAAUGGAAGGAAAAAGGAAACUUGAAGGAAAACCUUUGCGAUUUCGUGGUGUGCAUCAUGCAUUUGCCAAAAUCUUAGCUGAAGGAGGAAUACGUGGGCUUUGGGCAGGCUGGAUACCCAAUAUACAAAGAGCAGCGCUGGUGAAUAUGGGAGAUUUAACUACCUAUGAUACAGUGAAACACUAUUUGGUAUUGAAUAUACAGCUUGAAGAAAAUAUCAUGACUCAUGGUUUAUCAAGUUUCUGUUCUGGACUGGUGGCUUCUAUUCUGGGGACACCUGCUGAUGUCAUUAAGAGCCGAAUCAUGAAUCAACCACGAGAUAAACAAGGAAGGGGACUUUUAUAUAAAUCAUCAACUGAUUGUUUAAUUCAGGCUGUUCAAGGAGAAGGAUUCAUGAGUUUAUAUAAAGGCUUUUUACCAUCGUGGCUGAGAAUGACCCCUUGGUCACUGGUGUUCUGGCUUACCUAUGAAAAAAUCAGAGAGAUGAGUGGAGUCAGUCCAUUUUAAACCCUUAAAGAUCCAGUCCUUAAAGAGACAGUGGCUGCUGUGAUUGUCAACAGCAGCAGGAGCCACUUUGAAGUUUUGAUAAAAGCAGAUGAAGAUGCUUUAAAACGUCUGUUUGCUGAAAAUAUCUGGUAACAAACAGGAAUUUAAGUGAGUAAAUACAGUGUGUUAUUGUGAUUUUAAAUAAAUGCUUAAAAAUAUCUAAUUGUCAAGAUAUUUGUUUUGUCCUAGCAUGACUUUUGUCCUAGUGCAUUUUUAUAUUAAAAUUGUAAUAAGAAUUUUAUAUGUAAUUUUAAAAUCAAUCUUACAAUCUAAAUUGAAAUUGAAACUGGUUUAAUUUAGGAUGUGAGAUUUGAAAUAUUUAUAUUAACAAAAGGUUGCUUAUACACCAUCAUUCUAAACUUUAUUUUAUGGAGAUUUUCUAAUAAUCCAGUUUUUCUCUGACAAAAAUAGGUAAUUUAUCAUUUUUUACAGUGAGUUCUAGAGAGGGUAGAAGAGUUGAACUACUUUAAAUGUUGGAAAAUGGAAUCUUCUUUUUUGAUACCAGGUUCUACUUUUAUUUUUAUAAUAUCACUACCUGUUGUUACUUCUAUAUUUCAUUAGGCUUUUUGAUCCUCCAUUGGCUUUUUCUCUGCUACCAGUAUCUUAAAUUUUGGUUCUUCGAGUUUAUGAUCUUGACCUUUCCCUCAAUUUUCUUUCUUUCUUUAGGAAAAUUCACAUAUUUCUGUGAUUCAGUUACUAUACUUUGUCUAGCAACUCCCAAACACAUAAUAGUCAUUCCAAAAAUAGAUAUUAACAUUAUCUGUCUUUGUGAAGGGCUUAUGAACCUUGUAUUUGGCUUCAGAGAUGUUUUAUCAGUUUCUUAGUUCUCUCAACUUUACAUCUCUACCAGUAUAUACCACAGUUCUUGUGGGCUCAAAUUUCCAAAUAUUAAAUCAGUAUUUUGAACCAAUUCUUCUUGCUCUUUAAAAUGUACUUACUCCAGGAUUCUCUGCUCUAUUACGCAUCUAGUACUGUGGCCAAGAAAUCUCAGGGCCAUCUGACUUCUCAUUAUUUUUCAAUACUUAUAGAACAAAAUAUUUACACUAUUUUUAAUUAAAGCAAAGAUCUCUCAUAAAUUAAAAAAAAACGAGCAUCACUCUCAUCUAUUAGGAUACUAUUUUUUUAAUUAAUUUAUUCUUUUAUUGAAUCACCAUGUGGAAAGUUACAAAGCUUUCAGGUUUAAGUCUCAGUUACACAAUGCUCGAACACCCAUCCCUUCACCAGUGCACAUAUUCCACCACCAAGAAUCACAGUAUACCUCCCCCUACACCUCCCCAGCCCCCCAUCCCGCCUGUGUAACUGAUAAAUUUCACUUUACUUUCACUUUACUUUGAUUACAUUCAAUAUUUCAAAAAAAAACUCACUAUUAUUGUUUGGAGUUUUUUCCCCCUAAAGUCAGACCUGCUGAAAAGGAAGCACUUGAUAAUUUGUUUUCCAUUACUGAGAAUGAAGAGAUAUGACGUUGAGUGGCCACACUAGUGGCUGCAUAGUUUUGUAUUUUAGUAUUUUAGUAACUAAGUAGGAUACUAUUAUUAAAAAGGAAAAAAGUAACAAGUAUGGUUAGAAUAUGGAAAAAACCUUGUGUUUUACUGUGGAAAUGUACAAUGGUAAAAGUACUAUCGCAAAACAUUAUGAAGGGUCACUUAGAAAUUAAACAUAAAAUUACCAUAUACUCCAGCAAUUAAACUUCUAGGUCCGUACUUAAGAGAAUUUAGAGCAAAAAGGACUUGAAUAGAUAUUUAUAUAGAAUGUUCACAGCACUUUUCACAUGGCCAAAGCAUUCAAAUGUCAAUUAUAGAUGAUUACAGAAAUGGGAAUAUGUGGUAUAAGCAUACAAUGUAAUAUUUAAUAAAAGUAAAUGCUGAGAGAUGUCAUUGCCAAGGAUGAAUCUUGAAAACAUUAUUCAAUAUGGAACUGUGCAAAUACAAAUGGACAUAUAUUAUAUAAUUCUACCUAUUAUCAGAAUUUCAGAGUCUCACACCGGGGCCCCUCGGAGGGGGUGGACUGAGUUUCCCUCUCCACUCCGAGCAGAGCCCCCGCAGCCGAAGAACUCCGGAACCCAGCCACAGCCAUGAUCAAGGUCCUCUCCACAUGUUCGGACGAACCUCACACAUGAAGGAACUGGCAGAGGAACCCAGAUGUGUGGGACCUGGGGUUGAGAUCUCCAAGCCUGCUCGGAUUGGGACUGGAUCUCUUCCACCCAGAUCCCCCAUUUUCCAGUAGCUAGCAGGUCACACCCAGAAACUGCCCCCCAGUACCGUGUAAUCCCAUCAACAGUCAACAUCCAGCAACUAAAACCAAGCUCCCGGAAGUGCAUGGCCACUUUGCAAUCUCGAGACAUCUUAUAGCUUAGUUUUCCCUCUCAGAGAACCUGGCAAGCUACCGAGAGUUUCCUGCGUGCAUGGGAGAGCCUGGCAAACUCUCUGUGGCAUAUUCAUAUGCCAAAACCAGUAACAAUGAUGGGUCUCAUUCCCGACCUUGAAAGAGCCUCCUUCCAAUGCAGCACCAUUGGGAUGGAUAAGUAAUGGGAGGCUUCUAAAAUCUCAGGGCUAGGACGAAUGGAGACAUUCAUGGAGAAUGGAGAAAAUCGAUGAUCAAUGGGAUGAUGAUGAUGAUGAUGAUGAUGAUGAUGAUAUCAUAAUUUAAUAUAUAAAUAGGAUACCUGGCUCUGGGCUGGGAGAUAAUGAGAAAUUAGUGUUUACUAGGUACAGUUUUAUUUUGAGAUGCUGAAAAAUUUCUACAGAUACUGGUAAUAAUUGCAAAAAUACACACACACACACACACACUCACACAUAUGGGAGGUUGGGGCACACUCAGCUGUGUUGAGGACUUAUCCCUGGCUCUGGUCAGAGAUCACUCUUGGCAGUGCUUGAGAGACUAUUACAUAGUGCUGGGAAUUGAAUUUGAGUUUACCGCAUGCAAGGUCAGCACUAAACCCCUGCACUAUCUCUCCAGCCCACAAUGUGAACAUAUUUAACUGAACAUGCCACUAAUCUGUAAACUCUAGACAUAGUUAAACCAGUGUUAGCAAGGAUGAAAGGAAAACAUUCACUGCUGGUGGAAUGUUGAUCAGUCCAGACUUUUUGGAAAAAAUAUGGACACUCCUCAAAAACUAGGAAUCCAUCUACCACAUAACCUAGCAAUUCUACUUGUUGGGAUAUAUACCAAAGGCCCCCCAAAAAACCGCAGAAAAGAUAUGUGCACUCCUAUGUUCACUGAGGCACUGUUCACAAUAUCCAAAAUCUGGAAGCAACCCAAGUGUUCAAGAACAGAUGACUGGAUAAAGAAACUACGGUAUUUACAGACAAUGGACUGCUAUUCAGCCAUAAGAGAAGGUGAAAUAAUGCUGCUACAGAGAUGGAUCUGGAGAGCACUUUGCUGAGAGAAGUUAGAAAGUGAGGGAACAAUAGAAUGAUUUCAUAGGUGGGAUAUAAAGAAACUUAUUGUUAGUAGAAUAACAAAUGACAAAAAAGGUAAUAGGAGCUAAGAAUUUGAGAACAGGUCUUCCAUAGGAAGCUUGCCAAAGGAGAGGUGUGGGGAGAACAGAAAUGAGAGGGAAGUACAAAUGUAUAAAAUGGCAGAGGAAAAUGGAAGGUGGUGGUGCUGGAAAAUGGUAAAUUGUUAUGCAUAAAACCCUAUCAGUAACAGUACUGUAAACCACAGUGCCUAAUAGGAAAAAAAAAGUAUCUGUCAUAAAGGCAGGCUGCAGGGUGGCAGAAAACUGGGGACAAGGUGGAGAGAAGUGGACACUUGUGAAAUGAUUGGUGUUGGAAUAUUGUUUGCCUGAAACUCAAUCGUGAAUAACUUUGUAAAUCUCAGUGCAUCAAUAAAAAAAGUAAAAUUUAUGUAUAUUUUUUGAUUAUAAAAGACAUCUGGAAACAACUUUUUAAAUUUUUUAAUGAUGUGAAAAUAGAAAAUUUAAUUCAACAUUUUAAAAUUAUAUCUAACUGGAAUUUAUCAUGGGAAUACAAUAUUCAGAAAUAAAUCCAGAAUUUAGGAGAUACCUCAGCAAUCUGGGACACAUGUAAGGAUUCAAGACAAGUAGGGGCCCUCCCUCAGCUCCUCCUAGUGUAGCCCUACCUGCCUCCAAGCAGAAUCCAAUGUGGUCCUGGUGCCCCACCCCCAGCAGUUCCACUGGGCAUGACUGCUGGCCCUGAAGAGUUCCAAAUUGCCAGGACUGAGCAUUGAACCCUUUGACCCAAAUAAUGAAAUUUCACCAGGCAUAACCUGCAGGCUUUCUGAAGACUACUUGACAGUCAUUCUCCACCCCUUCCCACCCUGGCCCCAGAGCUCCCACACACAUCCAUUUAUAUUAUCCACCUCUUUAAGAAGCAAAAAAAUUAAAGUGUCAUUUUAAUAUCCUUUUAUUAUAAAGAUAUCAAAAAUUUUGGGGAAUGACAGGUGUUUCUUAAAUUUGGUAAAUAGGGAAAUUUGUAGAUAAUAUUUUACUGGUGAGAGACUGAAGGCUUUCUCCCUAAAUUUGCAUCAACACAAAAAUACCCAUUUUUCACCAUUUCUAAUCAAAAUUUUAUUGGCAAUUUAGCCAUAUGAUAAGUUAAAAAAGGAAAACAGAAGGCAUGCAUAAUCAGGAGGUAUAAAGCUAUCAUAAUUGAAAGACGAUGUAUACAAAAUUCCCUGGAAAACUACUACAAUUUACUAUAAUAAAUGAAUCUUAGCAAUCAUGAGACAUAAGUUCUGUACAUAAAAAUAUAAUAGUGGAAGUUGGAAAUUAAACUUUUAAAAGAUAUUACUUACAGUAUAAAAAGCAUGAAAAAAAGCUGACAAAUGAUAAACAACCUCAAUAAAUGGAGUACAUGUAACCCAUGUCUACUCAUUAUGACUCAAUAUUGACCAAAAAUCAAAGACUUCUACAAUGAAAAUCCUAAUAAAAAUAGAUAAAAUAAUAAAAUAAAUCACUGUCAUCACUGUCAUCCUGUUGCUCAUUGAUUUGUUCGAGCGGGCACCAGUAACGUCUCUCAUUGAGAGACAUUGUUACUGUUUUUUGGCAUAUCCAAUACGCAUGGGUAGCUUGGCAGGCUCUGCUGUGCGGGCUCCAUACUCUCGGUAGCUUGCCGAGCUCUCCGAGAGGGGCGGAGGAAUUGAACAUGGGUCGGCCGCGUGAAAGGCGAAAGCCCAACCACUGUGCUAUGGCUCCAGCCCAAUAAAAUAAAUAAAGUAAUAAAUAAUAAAUAAUAAAAUUCCUAUAGCACAGCUGGUAAGACGUUUGCCUUGCAUGUGGCUGACCCGGGUUCGAUUCCUCCAUCCCUCUCGGAGAGCCCUGCAAGCUACUGAGAGUAUCCCGCCUGCAUGGCAGAGCCUGGCAAGCUACCCCUGGCGUAUUCGAUAUGCCAAAAAGAGUAACAACAAGUCUCACGAUGGAGACGUUACUGGUGCCCACUUGAGCAAAUUGAUGAACAAUGGGAUGAUAGUGCUACAGUGCAGUUUAUAGGUUGUCUUUAUUUGAAGAAAGUGACAAGUAUAUUCUAAAAUACAAUGGAACUACAACAUUAAAAAAAAACCAAAAAACCUUGAAGAGGCAGAGAUGCCUCUGGACCCCACACCAGGCUGAAUCUCAUAUCCAGGGCCCCCUGGAGGGGAGCAGGUGAGCUCACCACUUACCCAAACAGAGCCCUAGCCACUGAAAACUCCACACUCCAAUUGCUGCCAUGCUCAGGGCCAGACUCCACAUUUCAGGACAAGCCUUAUCCAGGAAUGAAUCUGUUGAAAAACUCAGGUAUACAGAUUUUGUGAUCAAAAUCUCCAGGCUUUCACAGAGUCAGGGACGGGCUACCUCACCCCAUCCCCCUGUUCUGGGAACAUGGCGGUCAUGCCCAUGAACUGCCUCUGGUGCCAUAUAAGCUCAUUAACCAGCCAUCAUCCAAAGACAUAAAUAUAUCUCGAAAGAUAUCAACAAGCUACACAGAUGCUUCCAGACCCCAACGUCAUCAUCCAGUUAAAAAUUUAACUCCAGCUAUAUCACUCAAUUCAAAAUUUUAUAAUUCCUGGGUGGGCAGCCACAUUCACAGCUGCACUACAUCUCAAACUCUACACCACUGAUAUACCAGAUGUGGCAUGCCACAUUGGAGGAAAUGUAAAGUAGAAGGCAAUGAAUCUCAAUUAAGAAAAUAUUAACACACAAGCCUUAACCUGUAAAAACAGAUUGGUAAUUCUUAUACAAGGGCUUAAUGGCUCCAGGAUGAGGUACAAUAAUCUUCACACAUUUCUCCUAAGUAAAUCUUUUUGGAUCAUUUUUAGCAAAUUAUUUAUAAUACAAAAUAAAAAAUGCAGGGCCGGAGCGAUAGCACAGCGGGUAGGGCGUUUGCCUUGCAUGCGGCCGAACCGGGUUUGAUCCCCGGCAUCCCAUAUGGUCCCCCAAGCACUGCCAGGAGCAAUUCCUGAGUGCAAAGCCAGGAGUUACCCCUGAGCAUCGCUGGGUGUGACCCAAAAAGCAAAAAAAUAAUAAUAAUCAAACAAAAUAAAUAAAAUAAAAUAAUGAAUUAUUUAGGGCCUGCUAAUGAAGCAGGCUUGGGUGUGGUUGGGGAAAUUGUAAAGAAUGGUGGUGGUAAGGUGUAAUGGUUGUGGGAUUGGUGUUGAGAUAAUGAAUGUAAUAAAUCAUUGUGAGCAACUUUACAAAAAUAAAAAUUAAAAUGUUAAAAAACAUUAAAAAUAAGGUAAUUCACAUAUUUUAGAUACCAGAGUUGAAAACUUAUCUAUGUAAAUAAGAAUAGACAUUAUAUUAUGAUAUUUCAAGCAAUUUUAGUUUAUAUAGGUUAAAAAUAUAGCAAUCAACAAUCACAAAUUGACUUCUGUAGGAUAACAUAGCUUCAGGUAGUUUAGGUUUAUUGGAUUACUCCCGUUACAGUGCUCCUAUUCCUCUUUGUUUAUUUGUAGCUUCUUUCUUAGUGUUCUGUUGACUUGUAAAUCAUGUUUUUCUCUUCUUCUUGAGUCCUUUGCAUAGUUUAUUCAGAGCAAGUCCUUUUUGUAUGGACACAGGAAGACUUAAAAAAUGUUAUGCUUUUGUAACCUGGGAGUCAUUUGACUCUACAUGAUAUUUUCCUCCAGGGCAUCUGUUCUCUUGACCUAAGCCUCAGCUGCCCUUACUUCCUAGCAUCCCCAAAGCAGGGUCCCUACGUGGGACGAGAAGGACCCAGGGCAAGCGGUGAGUUGUGUGCUACCCUGGCAUCGAGAUGGGCCUGGCCAAAGUGCCUAAUGCUUAACUAUAAGUUAAGAGCUUGGUCAUGGACAAAUGCUGUCAUGAUCCAAGCAGUGAUAACUAGAUUUGGACCCUGCUAGGGUGAGGAAUGAUUAAUCUGGCCUGAGUGCUGUGGUCUGAGUCUGUGGCAAGAUGUUGCCAGGAGAGCUGCCUUGUAAGCCUCAAUGUAUCCCUUGCUAUGUCCAUACAAAAAUAACUAGUAUUAAGAUGUUAAUAAGUUCCUGGACUAAGGAAAAGAAAAAAACCUUAGGAGUCUGUAAGGGCUUUGGAAUGCCCUGCCCUCAGGAAGGGCUUUCUUAUGUUGAUUUUGCUACCUGGCUGGGUGUAGCCUAGAGGGCAAGGUGGGAGAGACAAGUAGGAGGAGAGAUGAAAGAAGCCAGAAAGAAGCAGCAGUAGAUCCAGAGAGAGGCCGGAGCUGGGAGUGCGGGAGAUGAGAAAGAUGGAAGAUUGAAUAAACGGUAACUAAUCAGCAACCAGCUUGGUCCUCGUUCUUCCUUCACCUUUCCUUGACCACUGGCCAUCCCGAUCCAGUCCACACACUGCGGUCCCAGGGCACCGAACGUGGGCGGUGAGACAGAGCCGCCCGGAGAGCCCGCGAGUGCACUCGCCCCUCGGUGAGCUUUAGUUUUUACAGACUUCUAUUGAUUUAUGAUAACUGUAUUUGCCAUUCCUCUAAGUUUUCUUGCAGCAAGUAACAUGGAAUGAAUUUGUUUUGUGCUGGCUAUUGGGUUAGACUUAGGUUAAAGGAAGCUGAGGGCACUGGUGGAUGGAAGGUCAUAUUGGUGGUGAGAUCAGUGUUGGGACACUAUUUCUGAAACAACUACAUUAUGAAUAACUUUGUAAAUCAGAGCAUUGUAAAAAACACUAAUCAAGGGGAAAAUGUUUAAAAAACGCUUGAAGAGCCAAAAUAGUUUUGGUGGAAAAAAAUAAGAUUGAACAUUUUAGAUUACCUAAUUUAAAUUUAAAUACACUGGACAAGAAUUAAGAUAAGACAGACAGGGGUCAGAGUGAUAGUACAGCAGGGAGGGUGUUUGCCUUGCACUCAGUCAGUCUGCGUUUGAUCCCUGGUAUCCCAUAUGGUCCCCCAAACAACUCCAGCAGUAAUUCCUGAGUGCAGAACUGAAGUAAUCCCUGAGUAUUGCUGGGUUUGGCCUAAAAAGCCAAAAAAAAGAAAGAAAGUAAAAAGACAAGACAGGCAGAUUAAUGAAACAGUACAGUCAAUCAAAAAUAGGCCAUCUCAGAGACUGCUUAUUAAUUUUUGGUGAAAUUCUAAGGCAAUUUAAUCAGAAAAAUACAAUCUUUACUAUAAAUGGUCCUGUAACAAUUAUAUAUCUGUAUACAAAAAUAAAACAAAUCCUUAAUAUUUUUUCCUGGCUUAUACAAAAAUUAAAAUGAAUCACAGACCUAAAUACAUUGGUUAAAAGUUGAAAACUUCUAGAGAAAAAUGACACGCGGGGGGUGUUUUGUUUUGGGGGCCACACCUAACACUCAGGGAUCAUUCCUGGUGGUGUUAUGUGAUGGCAAUAUGUGGUGCCCAUGUCCAUGACAAGUGCCUUAACCCCAGGACUAUCUCUCAGGCCCUAAUCCUGAAAUGUUUGAACUUUAGUUUAGUCAAACUUUAGUUUAGUUUAGUUUUGGAGCUAGAAUUACCACGGCUGCUGGCACCAGACUUGCACUAGACUUGCCUUCCAAUGGAUCCUUGUUAAAGGAUUUAAAGUGGACUCAUUCCAAUUACAGGGCCUUGAAAAAGAGUCCAGUAUUGUUAUUUUUCAUCACUACCUCCCCGGGUUGGGAGUAAGUAAUUUGCACACUGCUGCCUUCCUUGGAUGUGAUAGCCAUUUCUCAGGCUCCCUCUCUGGAAGAGCUUGGCAAGCUCCCCGUGGCGUAUUUGAUAUGCCAUAUACAAUAACAAUAACAGCUCUCAUUCCUUUGACCCUGAAAGAGCCUCCAAUCAUUGCGAAAGAUGAGUAAGGAGAGGCUGCUAAAAUCUCAGGGCUGGGAUGAAUGGAGAUGUUACUGGUGCCCGCUCCAGCAAAUUGAUGAACAAUGGGAUGACAGUGAUAUACAGUGAUACAGCGAGUUUGGUCAAAAGUUUCUUGGACAUGAAACUAACUAGAAAAAUAUAUGCAAAUAAUUUUAUUCCAAAAUCACAAACUUUUUUGAAAGUAAAUGAAAUUUUUUUCAGAGGACACAUCAGAUAAAUAAUUUGUAUCUAGAACAUAUAAGAAUGCUUAUAAAUUAAAAUUAGGUGACAGCAAAAAAAGAAUAAUAUUAAUAAAAAAACAAAUUCAAACCAUAAGAUGCCACUACAGAAUAAAAAAAUGUUCAAAAUAAAAAAGACUAACAAUAAAGGCCUAAAAAAGUGCUGAUGGAGAUGUAAAGCAGCUCAUAUCUUGUCAAUAUACAUACAAAACAACAGUCGUUUCAGGAAAAAAAAGUGUUCUUGUACAAAGCCAGCAUAUAUUUACAUAUGGUCUCCCAAAAACCAAGGGUCACUUCUUAGCACUGAGCCAGAAAUGGCCCAUGAGCACCACCUGAGUGUGGCACCCACACACAGAAAGAAUUGAGUAUCCAUUAUUAAAUUCUAUGAUAAAAAUAUGUAUGAAUUAUAAAAACAUUUUAUGGGGCUGGAGCUAUAAUACAGCGGGUAGGGCGUUUGCCUUACAUGUGGUUGACCCCAGUUCGAUCCCCAGCAUCCCAUAUGGUCCCCUGAGCACCGCCAGGAGUAAUUCCUGAGUGCAGAGCCAGGAGUAACCCCUGUGAAUGGCAGGGUGUGACCCAAAAAGCAAAAGAAAAAAAAAAUUUUAAUGAACUCCUUCCUUUCACUGCAAAGUGGUUUACCUAUUCUUUUAAAAAACAUUUGAUGUACUAUCACCUGAGCGAUAGUACAGGGGGUUGGGUGUUUGCCUUGCAAGCCCCUGCCUGGGUUCAAUCCCCGGCAUCUCAUAUGAUUCCCCAAAGCACUGCCAGGAGUGAUUCCUGAGUGCAGGAGCCAGGUGUAACCACUGAGCAUCGCUGGGUAGACCCAAAAAGUAAAAAAAUAUAAUUAUAAUAAUAUAUGUUUUCUAAAGUUCUGCACUGUUAGAUGUUGAGAAUAUAAAACUAAAAAGGUUUAUGCUUUCAUGUUCUGGUAGAUAAGGAGACAUUAUAAAUAAUUUAAAGAUGUGAUAAUGUGAGUUAUGUAAAAAUGGAACCACCACUGUUGCCUGAGUGAAUAGUUAUAAGUAAACGACAUCUGAGUUAGGUCUUGCCAGAAAUUUUAAAACCAAAUGUUUAUUUUCUAGCCAUCAAGAAUAUUAAAACAUUAGGGGUAACAUGGAAAAUGUGGGCUUGAAUUUUCAAUAAAAAUAUAAAAUUAAUGUCUAACAUUUCAGAUAAUUCUAAUUUAUUCUUCAGCUUAUUCCGUGAACAGUUAUUGCAUAGUUCCCAAGUUAGAUUCCAGGAAUUCAAUAAGCAGUUCUUGUCUUGCCCAAAAGAAUUUUUAAACUCGUAGGAUGACAAAGUGAUCAGAAUCAAAUGCAACUGUGAAAGUGCCAUGUAAAAAAGAAAAGCAUAGUCGCUUUGGAAGUCCAUGAUAAACCUCCAAUCAGUAAAGAUUGAAGACACUGAGAUGUACAUUGUUAGAGCAAAGGCUAUACGGUCUUUCUUGCUUUCAUCUGUAUUUGAUGACAGAACGGGAAAGAAUAGAAAAGCACAGGAAAUCGAUGAGAAAUAUGAGGAACUCUGCCAAUGAACUCUGCCAGUUCCAUGCAUUGCCUCUGCACUGCCAAUGAACAGAAUCGUAAUGUAGGCUGCCUCUACGCUAUUCAGUUUGCCUGCACGCGACCGUCGACUAUCUUUCCACACACAGAGCCUUUUCGUGUGAUGAGUUUGCUGAGGAACAACACACGAGCCCACUCACAAUGCCCUGUCCCAGGGAGUCCCAACAGUUUCAAGUCUGGGGCCCGGGAAUGAUAGGAGAGCAGAGAGAGCGUUUGCCUUGCCGGGUUCGAUCCCGGGCAUCCCCAUCUGCGCCCUCAAGCAUCAGGGUGAGCGGUCCCUGAGUGCAGAUCCAGGAGGAACGCCAAGCACCGCUGGGUGUGACCCUCCGCCCCCCAAAGAAAUAGUCCCUGUCUCUGCCGUUUUUCGUGACCUCCUUGAGGCCUCUUGGGGACGCGCUCUGGGGGGUCCACGAGGAACACACGCCUGUCAAAAUGCAUGCGCGUCGAGCUGAGGCGCGCUGAGGCCACGCGGAAGAGCAAAGCAAACCUCCUGUGGGCAACCGCGGCUCAGGCCGUCUCCCUCCGAGCCAGCGCCUACUUCCUGAAGGGGAAUCACCUGCCGUUCGGAGCCUCCCCUUCCAAGCGCCCUCAGCUGGCGCCGCGUCGAGAACCUGCCCUUCAAGCCCACCUUCCUCCACAGCCCUCUACACUGGAGCCUGACGAGCUCGCCAUU